CCACAGUGCAAAGAUGCUCGUUGUCAGAUCAACAGCAAACAAUGAGCCCACUUCCAACACAUCCUCAAUCACAGUCCAGAAUGUCUACUACCAUAUCCCAGACCAUAAAGGAUACUGGGCACUGUCUGGCCCGGAUGUGUAUUAUGUGAACCAAGGCGAGCCUUGGAAGCAUAACUACUGCCUAUCGAACAGCUGCGACGGGAAUGGGGAUGAUGGCGAUGAUGGCUCUCAGACGCUACUCUCUUCCGCUCUAGAUUCUAUGACUCGUCCUUGGCGACGAGCUGACGGGCAGCAGGAAGAUAUGAUGAUUCUACCCAGACCCCAUGGACGCGACGUCCUCAAACACUACUUCAACAACUCUUGUCCCAGCUGCGACACAACAACCUGGAUCUGUCCUGGAUGCCGAGACACCAGACAGCUAUUCCCCGAACUCAGGGGGAACUGCGGCACCGACCAGGCCUGUCCGGUCUGCAUGGGCGAUGAAUUCGCUUUCAACGACAGUGCAGCAAUGGAGGAGCUUGAUGGCCUCGAAGAACAACUCGGCGUGUAUAGGAGCCAGUAUAAGGAUAGUAUCUGUGCGGAGGAAUUGCAGGAGCUAAAGGGUGUGGCGCUGGCGGUUUUGAGGGAGAGAUAUGAGGCUACGAUUGAGAGGAAGAUGGAGAUGGGGAUGCCGGUGGAGGAUUUGGAUGAGAUGAUGAAGAGCUGGACGGAGAAUUACUAUGAUGUGGAUGAGUGA